UCUCUCUCUCUCUCUCUCUCUCUCUCUCUAAUCGCUCUGUGCCUCACACCUCAACAACUCCUUUUUCUGCGGUUUCACUUUUCUCAUCAACGCUCUGUCCAAGUUCUUCUUCGUCGUCGUCGUCGUCCUUGUAGCUUUUUUUAUGGUCUCGCUUCGAUAGGGUUUCUUCGCCAUUUCCAAUCUGAUUUUGGUUUUGGGCGAAGGAAUUACGGUGCUGCAUUAUGACUAUGAGCGAGCGGAAGACCAUUGACCUAGAACAAGGAUGGGACUUCAUGCAGAAGGGGAUCACGAAGCUGAAGAACAUUCUAGAAGGACUGCCUGAGACUCAGUUCAGCUCUGAGGACUACAUGAUGCUUUACACAACCAUAUAUAACAUGUGUACUCAGAAGCCUCCUCAUGAUUACUCCCAACAGUUGUAUGAUAAGUACCGGGAAUCAUUUGAAGAGUACAUAACUUCAACGGUAUUGCCAUCUAUAAGAGAGAAGCAUGAUGAAUUUAUGUUGAGAGAGCUUGUGAAAAGGUGGGGUAACCACAAAGUUAUGGUUAGAUGGCUUUCCCGUUUCUUCCAUUAUCUUGACCGAUAUUUUAUCGCUCGGAGGUCACUUCCUGCCCUUAAUGAAGUUGGACUUACUUGCUUCCGUGAUCUGGUCUACCAGGAGUUAAAUGGAAAAGUAAGGGAUGCUGUAAUUUCUUUGAUUGAUCAAGAACGCGAGGGAGAGCAGAUUGAUCGAGCUCUAUUGAAGAAUGUUUUAGACAUAUUUGUGGAGAUUGGAAUGGGGCAAAUGGAACAGUAUGAAAAUGACUUUGAAGCAGCAAUGCUUAAAGACACUGCUGCUUAUUAUUCGCGGAAAGCUUCUGUCUGGAUUCUAGAAGAUUCUUGUCCAGAUUAUAUGCUGAAAGCUGAGGAGUGCUUGAAACGGGAGAAAGAUAGGGUGGCUCAUUACUUGCAUUCUAGUAGUGAGCCAAAGCUAUUGGAGAAAGUUCAACAUGAACUGUUGUCUGUAUAUGCGACCCAGCUGCUUGAAAAAGAUUACUCUGGAUGCCAUGCAUUGCUUAGAGACGACAAGGUGGAAGAUUUGUCAAGAAUGUUCAGGCUUUUUUCUAAAAUACCUAAAGGUUUAGAUCCUGUUUCCAGCAUAUUUAAGCAGCAUGUUACUGCUGAAGGAACAGCCUUGGUCAAACUGGCAGAAGAUGCAGCAAGCAACAAGAAGGCAGAGAAAAAGGAUGUCGUUGGUUUGCAGGAACAGGUCUUCGUUAGAAAAGUGAUUGAGCUGCAUGACAAAUACCUUGCAUAUGUGAAUGACUGUUUCCAAAACCAUACUCUCUUUCACAAGGCACUCAAGGAGGCUUUUGAAGUCUUUUGCAAUAAGGGUGUUGCUGGGAGCUCGAGUGCCGAGCUACUUGCCACUUUUUGUGAUAACAUUCUUAAGAAAGGCGGGAGCGAGAAACUGAGUGAUGAAGCCAUUGAAGAAACUCUUGAAAAGGUAGUAAAGUUGCUUGCUUAUAUCAGCGACAAAGACCUGUUUGCUGAAUUCUAUAGGAAGAAGCUUGCUCGACGGCUUCUCUUUGACAAGAGUGCUAAUGAUGACCAUGAGAGGAGUAUUUUGACUAAGCUUAAGCAGCAAUGUGGUGGCCAGUUCACCUCAAAGAUGGAGGGAAUGGUCACGGAUUUAACAUUGGCUAGGGAAAACCAGACCAGCUUCGAAGAGUAUCUGAGCAAUAAUCCACAUGCAAGUCCGGGGAUUGACUUGACUGUAACUGUUCUCACUACUGGCUUCUGGCCAAGCUACAAGUCUUUCGACCUCAACCUUCCACCAGAGAUGGUAAAGUGUGUUGAAGUUUUCCGGGAGUUCUAUCAAACAAAAACAAAGCACAGAAAGCUUACGUGGAUAUACUCAUUGGGUACUUGUAACAUCAGUGGGAAAUUUGAACCCAAAACUAUGGAACUGAUCGUGACCACUUAUCAGGCUUCAGCCCUGUUGCUAUUCAAUUCCUCCGAUAGGUUGAGUUAUUCGGACAUCAUGACUGAAUUAAAUUUGACCGACGAUGAUGUUGUUAGAUUGCUCCACUCAUUGUCAUGUGCCAAAUACAAGAUUCUGAACAAGGAGCCAAACACGAAAACAGUAUCUCCUACUGAUUUCUUUGAGUUCAACUCUAAGUUCACUGAUAAAAUGAGGAGAAUCAAGAUUCCUCUUCCUCCUGUCGAUGAAAAGAAGAAAGUAAUAGAAGAUGUUGACAAGGAUAGACGGUAUGCUAUCGAUGCCUCAAUUGUGCGCAUCAUGAAGAGUCGUAAAGUUUUAUGUCAUCAGCAGUUGGUCAUGGAGUGUGUUGAGCAGUUGGGUCGCAUGUUCAAGCCCGAUUUCAAGGCAAUAAAGAAGCGUAUCGAGGAUCUGAUCACCCGAGACUAUCUUGAAAGAGACAAAGACAACCCUAAUAUGUUCAGGUACUUGGCCUAAUGUCGCCGUGUUGACUGUCACACAAUGAAUUGAUGCUAUUUACCGCUGCAAAUACAGUGAAGAAAGAGAGUCGGUUCAUGGUGAAAACAAAGAAGCAUAUGUAAAUGCCGGUAUGUGAGGUGCAGCUUUUGGCGAUUUGCUUAGAAGCAGUAGCAGAGAAUGCUUGUACAUUUUGCCUUCAAAACGAGGCAUGGACAACUACCCGUAAGAUUGUGCAUCCAUGCUGGAGAAAUUGUAUUUUGAUUGCAUAAAUUGGUUGGAAGUGCACCCUGGACUGGUCGGAUCCCAUCCUGUAAUUUAUUGCAGUCCCCCCCCCCCCCCCCCCCGGCUCCACUUUAGUUUAUGUUUGUUUGUUAA